GUUCUUUCCCCGGAUUCAGUGCGACGUUUCAGUAAAGUUCUAAGAUGGCGACGGUGCAUCUGAGAAUCGGGGACCUGGUUUGGGGAAAGCUUGGACGCUAUCCUCCAUGGCCAGGCAAGGUCGUCAGUCCUCCAAAAGACCUUAAAAAACCAAGAGGCAAAAAAUGCCAUUUUGUGAAAUUCUUUGGCACAGAAGACCACGCCUGGAUUAAAGUGGAGCAGUUGAAGCCGUACCACCCUCACAAAGAGGAGAUGAUCAAGAUCAACAAGGGCAAGCGCUUCCAGCAGGCAGUGGAUGCCGUCGAAGACUUCCUGAAAAAAAAAGAAAAACAAGGGGGCAAGGAACAGAGCUCUGAGGGUAAAGGGGACGCCAAAGGAAAGAAGAGUCCCACCAAACCCCUGAAGAUCCUUGAGGAAGAUGACGAGGACCUCAGUGCCUUGAAAGACCCCUCCGAGAAGGACCUAACUGACUCAGACCCAGAGCCGUCCAGUCUUGAGCGGCUAGGGGGCCUGGGUACGGCUGGACCCGUCUCGGGAUUCAAAUGGGAGAGCAGUCCAGUACAGGACGACCCCCAUUUCCACCAUUUUCUGCUCAGCCAGACUGAGAAGCCUGCCUCGUCCAUGGAGCCCAUUAGCAAACGCCUGAAGAUCGUUGAAGAGGACACAGGGUCAACAUCGAUCCAAGCUGCAGACAGCACUGCUAUAAAUGGCAGCAUCAUACCUACAGACAAACGGAUAGGGUUCCUGGGGCUGGGGCUUAUGGGUAGUGGCAUAGUGUCCAACCUGUUAAAGAUGGGCCACAUCGUCACUGUGUGGAAUCGCACGGCAGAAAAGGUACCGCAAGACAACCAACAUUGUGACCUGUUCAUCCAGGAGGGGGCCCGGUUAGGAAGGACUCCAGCAGAGGUGGUCUCCAUGUGUGACAUCACCUUUUCCUGUGUCUCCGACCCCAAGGCGGCCAGGGACUUGGUGCUGGGUCCCAGCGGGGUGCUCCAGGGCAUCAGGCCAGGAAAGUGUUAUGUCGAGAUGUCUACUGUCGACCCAGAAACCAUCACAGAACUCUCACAGGUGAUAACGUCGCGGGGUGGGCGCUUCCUUGAGGCGCCUGUGGCCGGCAGCCAGCAGCUCUCUAACGAGGGCAUGCUGGUCAUACUGGCGGCUGGAGACCGGACGGUCUACGAGGACUGCAGCUCCUGUUUCCAGGCGAUGGGCAAGACCUCUUUCUUCCUCGGUGAGGCUGGCAAUGCGGCCAGGAUGAUGCUGAUCCUCAACAUGGUGCAGGGCAGCUUCAUGGCAACCAUUGCCGAGGGGCUGACCCUGGCUCAGGCCACGGGCCAAUCACAGCAGACCUUCCUGGACAUCCUAUGUCAGGGUCAGAUGGCCAGCACGUUUGUGGACCAGAAAUGUCAGAAUAUCCUGCAGGGCAAUUUCAAGCCAGACUACUAUUUGAAACACAUUCAGAAGGAUCUGAGGCUAGCCAUCUCCAUGGGCGACACAGCGAAUCACCCGACCCCGAUGGCCGCCGCGGCCAAUGAGGUGUACAAGAGGGCUAAAGCGCUGGACCAGUCAGACAACGACAUGUCCGCCGUGUACAGAGCCUACAUUCACUAAAUCUCCCGGAGACCUCCUCAUCCUCAACUCAUCUUCUCACCUGGACCACAAUCUUCUUGUACUCCUUUUUAGUUCAUCAAAUUCAGUUUUUGUUUCUCUGGCACCAGAGAUGCUGGCGUCACCCUCAAUACCCCCACAUGGGGGAGUGUUUGACCCUCACCCCUCAAGUUUCAGAGUUCUGCCGGGUUUCGGUUCUACCGGGUCAUCCGUUCCAACCCCCUAAUGUCCCUGAUUUCAAGGGGGCAAAUAAUAUGAAUCAGUGGAAUUGGCUUUGAGGGUCCUAGAUAUAGUGCACUACAGUACACCUGGCUCCAGAAUAGUGCACUAUCUAGGAGAUGGGAUGCUAUUUGGGACCUACAUACCUUCCCUGGGGAGUGUUGCACUGACUUAGUGUUUUUAGUUUGGAUUCAUGAUAUUUGAUUGCUCAACAUUUAUGUUGAUUGUUCUCAGCAUCUUUGCAGUUGGUUGUGGAUCGUAAUGCUUUCUGAUGGUAAAGAAAGGCAGGGUGUUCAGUAAUCAGAAUGGAGCAGACUAGGCCCAUUCUGAUGGUAGGGUGCUUUGGUCUGGUUUGAGGUGUGACCCGUCGCUGGCAGUAGACCGCUGUCGAUGGGUGUGGGGCGUGGCUCAUUGCUUACAAUGCAAUCUGGUGGGUUUGAAGGUCCCGGAUGAAGUUUGACCUUUUUUUUUAAAUUUUACCAGACUAUUUAAUUGUAGGUGUGAUUUUCUUUCAUUUUUUUUAUUUUUUUUUAUCCCAGAGUUCCAUAAACUUGACACAAGUUAUCUUUAUGGAAAUAUGGAAAUGAGAGAAAGGAGGAUGUAGGAUGACAGACAGAGAUCCACCCAGAGAAUAAUGCCACUGCAUUGCCUUAAUAUUGUCACUUUUUGAAGUCUUCUGAAUUAUGUAUUUAUUUAUUUUUAAUGCUCUGGAACUUCUCUCUAUUCCAUUUGUCUUGGUUCAGUUUGGCCCAGAGCUAUCCCUGUAGUUCUCUGAAUUUGAACAGUGUUUUAUUGUGCUCGGGGGCAGGUUUUUCAAGGUUAUUGAGGCCUUAACAUUAAAGUAACAAGUUUAUCAUAUAUUUUCUAGCCAGAAGCUGCAUUUAAAAUGUUAUUGUAUUCCCUUAUUUAGAACCCUUCUAACCAUUGGUGACUGGUCAAAAGUAGUGCACUAAAAAGUAUACAGGGUGCCAUUUGUGACACUGAGAUACCUUUGAGGUUGCGUUUAAACCCCCUGCAAUUGUCGAACAUUGUAAAACAUUUAAGUUGUUCACUUUCUAUGUACAUACUAUUGUUUUUGAAACCCCAUAAUAAGCGGUUGCAUUUUUAACUCUGGUCUCCAGAUGAGUUCAUGUUAUUACUUUGGUUACUUCUACACAGUCGAUGCCCUUGGCUGUAGCGAGAUUAGUGUGCCAGUCUGUUCUCCCCAUGUCCUUGUUACUCUUUAUGUCAAACUUUUCUCCAACAGGUGCGGGACCAGGAUAUGGAAAGAUCAAUUUAUUUUCCACAUUAAUCACUAUACGAUGUACAGUCAAAGCUACCAAAUGGGUAUUUCAGUUCUGUCGUAACAAUCAGAUCCUCAGUUUCCAGGCCCCAGAUGAAAAACACUUAUGUUGGCCUAAAAAAAUGGAAACCUGGUAGAUAUGUGAGCAGGAGUGUUAAUGGUUACCUGACUAGUUGUAGUGGGGACAUGACGUGAAACCAAUUAAAUUACUUGGAAGAGGAUUAAAGGCACUAUCCAAAUACCUCCUAGCAAUUAGUAGCUUGAGGUGGAUUAUGUGCUGUCAGCAGAAAAUACGGCUUGCCUUUCAGUAAUUACCCUCCUCUUUGUUUUGGUGUGAGAUACUCUGAAAACCCAUUCCUUUCAAAAUCCAUUUCAGACACUGUUUUUGCUUAAAUCAAUUUUAGUUUUGCCAAAAUUGGAACGAAGAUUUAGGUUUAAUUAGUUUAAACACAGAGUAGUGGAAAGGUUAAGUAUGUUUUUAGUAGGAAACAAACAUGUCUUGUACAUAGCCCAUAUUGGCUGACUGGGGGUUGGCUUUAUAAAUACAUAAAGGGUAAUAUAAAAUACUUUUGGCUAGACUUCUUUACUGACUUGAUUGUCAAUCAUCUGUGACCCGAAAGGAGCCCUAACCCUAAGUGGUGUGCUGUGUGCCGGGGCCCUGGUUAGUGAAGCACCCUGGUCAGGGUUAGGGUUCAGGUUGGGACACAAUUCUAGUGUUGUAAUAAUACUAUAGAUUGUUCUGUUCAGUGUUUGCUAUAGAAAUUAAUAUCCUUUAAAAAUGGUUUAUUGAUGUGACUUAUACAAACCUGCUUAUAACGGCUUUGGCGAAACUCCAAUGACAUGGGUCCCAUUUUGUGCAGGGCCUGCCAGGAAAGGUAAACUGUAUGGACUUGGGAUAUUUAUGAUUUUGUGUACAUGUUGAAAUGUCAAGGCUUUUUUGUGCAGUUUAUUAAAUCCUCUACUGAUUAAAUCAA